AUGACACGAAAACUGAAGUUCCAUGAGCAAAAGCUCUUGAAGAAGCACGACUUCAUCAACUACAAGCAAGAUAACAAGCACAGAGACCAUGAUGUCGCGAGGCGGUAUAUGAUCCAGAAGCCAGAGGACUAUCACAAGUACAACAGGAUAUGCGGUUCCCUGCGGCAGUUAGCCCAUCGUCUGAGUCUACUUCCCCCAGACAACGAGGUCAGGAGGAAACAUGAGACGCUCCUUUUGGACAAGCUCUACGAUAUGGGCAUCUUAUCGACCAAGUCGAAGCUUUCACAGGUAGAGCACAACGUGACAGUAUCCGCCUUUGCGAGGCGGCGGUUACCUGUUGUCAUGACUCGCCUGCGAAUGGCAGAAACUGUCCAGGCGGCCACGAAGCUCAUCGAGCAAGGCCACGUCCGGGUCGGGGUUGAAGAAGUUCGGGAUCCUGCUUUCCUGGUGACGCGGAACAUGGAGGACUUCGUCACGUGGACCGUGGGCAGCAAAAUCAAGCAGAGCAUCAUGAAGUACCGCGACAAACUGGACGACUUCGAUCUUCUCUGA